UUCUACCGCAGCAAAACUUUGAUUUCAAAUCUUGAUUUUUAAUUCCACAGCAGGAUUUCUUUCACACUUGAAAUCUUUGACGAAUCCUCAAAUUCACAAAUUCGAUUUUUACUCCUCAACCACGAUAUUUCAAUCCAGUAUAUAUAUGUAUAUCUAAUCUUCUUCAUCGCAAAUACCCAGCAAAUCCAACAGGAAAAAGUCUUUUAUAAUUCAUCCUGUUUCCUUCCCACUGCCGAAUCUCCAUCGGUAAUUCUCAAAAACUUGUAUAGUUUAUUUUCAUAUGCAAAGAUUUCUGUUUUCUUUCAAUUUAUAGAAAACAACCAAACUCCCACAAAAUUCUUGUUUUUAUAAAUUUAAACAUGCAUAUACAGAUAAGAAAUUGAAAUAGAAUGCAUAUUUCACUGAUUUUACAAUAAAGAAACUCAGAUUUAGAAACCUUGAAUAAUGGAGGGAAUUAAAAUGAAAUGGGGUAAGGGGUUGCUCGUCGGAGCAACGGCCGCCGCUGCAUAUGCCGAGGCGGCGGUGUAGAGAAGCAGGGACGGCGGCGGCGCUAUAGCUUCGGUGGCUGCCCCGCUGUUCCAGUCGAGAUAGGGGGAGGAGGUGGCUGGGCGGCUGCUACUGUCUGUCGUGGGACGGCGACGGCGGUGCUUCUGCCGGGCAAGAGAAGGUGGUGGCAGGCGGCGAAGGGCGUCGGACCGGCCGCAGCUCGCGAUGAGGAGAGGACAGGGGUAGGCGAGAGAUGAGGUAGAGGAAGAGAGGUUGAGGAGAUGGGAAGGGGAGGCAGAGCCGGCGGCUUCCGGCGGCGGCGUGCCGUCUGGUGGCAGCGGCAGAAGGCCGAGAAGAGGAGAGGGAGGAGGGUUGAGAGAGGGAGUGAAGCUGCGUGAGUUAUGGAGUUGUGGGGGUGUGAAUUUAAUUUAGGGUGAAGGGAAAAUGGGCUUGGGCCCUAGGUUAGAUUAAAUUGGUGGGCUCGAUUUUAAUUAGGUGUUUGGGCUGGACUCCACAUUUUAAUGUCUCUCUAAUUAAACUGGAUUUUUCAUUUUAAAUCUUUUCUUAUUCCAAAUUUUCAUUAGAAAAUAUAUUUUACUAUUAAAUUCAUUAGAUCAAUUAUUUUUACAUGAUCCUAUAAUUUAAAUUGUUCUCUAAAGUUCAAUUAGGCCCUUAUGUUUUAUUAUUUGAAAUUAUCUGGCUAGGUGCGGCGCGAUUAGGACGUGAACUUUAAAUUAUCGCAGUUAACUUUCAAAGCUCAAGUUUCAGAACAAUGAGGAAUACACGCGCACAGUCCCACAACGCCGAGAGUUCAAAUACUAAUCACGAAGCAGAAGCAGGACGAACUCAUCCAACAAAUGGAGGAGACUUCAUGAGUCAAUUCUUGAGCGCUUUACAGGGUUUUGUCCAACAGCAGGCCCAAACUCAGGCUACCCAAACCGACCUAAACCGAACCUCUAACACGAUAGAUCAAGCUGUAGAGCGAUUUCGAAACUAUAAUCCACCACGAUUCAAUGGACGUGAUGGACCGCUAGCAGCCGAAGAGUGGUUGGAAGAGCUUGAACGUAUCUUCACUCACAUCAACUGUAGUGAUGAGCAGAAAGUUUCAUGCGCUGUUUUUCAACUCAAAGAGGACGCUCGACAAUGGUGGAAACAUUUCUAUCGCUUGUUGGGAGAGGAAGAUCGCAAUGUUCUAAAUUGGAAAAUUUUCAAGGAGGUGGUAAUGAAUAAAUACUUUCCUCUCUCAUUCAGAGAAAAGAAGGAGACCGAGUUCUUUGAGUUGAAACAAGGGAAUAUGACUAUAGAGGAGUAUGAAAGGAAAUUCAAUGAGUUGGCCCGUUUUGCUCCACACCUAGUUGAUACAGAAGAUAAGAUGAUCGCUAGGUUCAGAAAAGGGUUAAGAAUUGAUAUCAAAGGAAUUAUGGCUGCACAUGUGAUUGACGAUUUCAGCGACCUGGUUAAGCGAGCGGAAGAAGUGGGCACGGCUCUUGGAACAAACCAUCCUACAUCAAAAUCGACAAAUCAACCAAUAAAGAGGAGAUGGGAAAAUCCUAACCAAAGUGGAGGAAACUUCCAAGAUAAGAGGUCGAAAUUUGGCGGUAACACCAGUGCAAACACACAAGUAACCAAACCACAAUGUCAGAAGUGUGGAAAGUUCCACAAUGGAGAGUGUCUGUGGGGAAAAGGAGUUUGCUUCUUUUGCCAUGAACCGGGACAUACAUCGAGUACUUGUCCUAAGAACAAGCGGAAUGUGCUAGAAGGGAGAAUGAACGUUGGGCUAAACAAAGGAAGUGGCAAAGAGCCAGAAAGAAAAGGAAAUGCUCGUUUCUUUUCCUUAAAACAACAAGAAGAAGUUGAGGAUGACAACACAAUGACGGGUACGCUAAUUAUAUCAGGAACACCUGCUGUUGUUCUAUUUGAUUCUGGAGCUUCACACUCAUUUAUUUCCCUUAAGUUUUGUCAAAAGAAUAAGAUCAUUUGGGAGGUAGAGAACUUAGACUUGAACAUAAGUAUUCCCUCUGGAGAAUCCAUUAAGACUAAUAGGAUUGCUAGAAAAAUUUCCUUGAAAUUUUAG